CUAGUACACCAGCCGCAAACCGUUACCAUAUUGCGCUCAGGCUUCUGUGGAAGAUUGCUUUCUAGUAGGUAUCUCCCCCUCCACUUCGGGGCGCUUAUUUUGAGGUUGCGUGUUGCCUCCCGCUGUGAGUAUGGCGGCAGAGAAGACAUCGGAGCCUGAGGCGGAGGCAACGGAAGCAAAGACGCCCCUCGAGGCUUUUCAAAACCUGGGCGUGUGCUCGCAGCUCGCCGAAGCAGCGGUCUCCUUGGGAUGGAAGUCGCCAUCGGCAAUCCAGAUUCAAGCAGUACCUCACGCCCUGCAAGGGAGUGAUGUCAUUGGGCUGGCGCAAACGGGGUCCGGGAAGACGGCGGCCUUCGCUCUCCCUAUUCUGCAAGCUCUCCUGGACAAGCCGCACCCGCUCUUCGCGUGUGUGCUCUCUCCGACCAGAGAACUGGCCAUUCAGAUAGCAGAGCAAUUUGAGGCGCUUGGGGCGGGCAUUGGCGUGAAAUGUGCAGUGGUGGUUGGGGGUGUGGAUAUGAUGGCGCAAGCGAUCGCCUUGGCGAAGCGGCCGCACAUUGUGGUCGGCACGCCGGGGCGGUUAGUGGAUCAUCUCUCAAACACCAAGGGCUUCAGCUUACGAACAAUCAAAUACCUGGUCUUGGACGAAGCCGACCGGCUGCUUAACAUGGACUUUGAGCAGGAGAUCGACCAGAUUCUGAAAGUAAUUCCUAAGGAGCGCCGCACGUUCCUUUUCUCGGCAACAAUGACGAACAAAGUCGCCAAGCUGCAGCGCGCGUGCCUGCGGAAUCCAGUCAAGGUGGAGGUCUCGAACAAGUACUCGACAGUGGACACGCUGCGGCAGCAGUACAUGUUCGUGCCGGCGAAGUUCAAGGACUGCUACCUUGUCUUUUUGAUGAACGAGCUGGCCGGCGCGACGUGCAUGGUGUUCACACGGACGUGCGACUCGACGCGGCGGCUGGCCACGGUGCUGCGGAACCUGGGGCUGGAAGCCAUACCCAUUAGCGGGCAGAUGAGCCAACCAAAACGUUUAGGCGCACUCAAUAAGUUCAAGGCGGGCGAGCGAAAUAUUUUGAUAGCAACGGACGUGGCCAGUAGAGGCCUCGAUAUCCCGUCCGUCGAUCUAGUUGUCAACUACGAUAUACCUACGAAUUCAAAGGACUACAUCCAUCGAGUGGGGAGGACCGCCCGGGCGGGCCGCAGCGGGCGCGCAGUGUCGAUUGUGACGCAGUAUGACGUGGAGCUAUUCCAGCGGAUCGAGCAGCUGAUCGGGCGGAAAAUGGAGCAGUUUCCGGCGGAACAGGAGGAGGUUUUGCUGCUGGUGGAGCGAGUUAGCGAGGCGCAACGGAUAGCCACCAUGCAAAUGCGAGAAAAGGACGGUCACCGCAAGGGCAAGCGAAAAGGGCGGUACGAGGAGCACGGGGACGACCCCGAGCGGGCGGGGGGGUCCAGUUUGAAAAAAGCGAACGGUAACGGGAAGCACAGUAACGGGAAGAGCUUUAAGAAGCACAAAGGAAAACAUUGACGAAUAUGAAUAUCAUGCUGUACAGAGAAUCGUGUCAAGAGUCCUGUUUUCAGUCAACUUCAAUCGAUACUACAGUUGCACGCAUCUGAUUCUUAUCAUGCAUGCUGACUUCGGUAAAAACCAACGCCGAUUAUCAAGUUUUUGACGUUUAGCGUCGAACAGCAUGUAGUCUGGCAACAUUCCUUCCAUUGAACCGUGCCAGCAGAUCACGCCCAGUGCAUGCGCAUGUUGGACGUGUAGUGAGCUAGGCACCGUCCGUCAACUAGUUGAGUGAAUUAUAUUGAACAACCGAAC